UAGGGAUAGCCGAUAAUACCGAUAAGACGAUAUCAGCAUCUCUACUGACCACAAUAUCUUGUGUGGCGAUGGUUUUUUUUUUACAUGGAAAACGCCGCCUACAUGCAGAGGGCGCUACUGAGCCAAAAGUGACAAAUUUCCAAACAGCCAUCUGACGUCAGCUCAGGCUCGGUCAAUCAAGGAUGGAGGAAGAAGCACGAAGGCUACUCGAAGAAGGAAUUAGUAAAAAAUUGAUAAGCCCCGGUAAAGGACAGCUUUCGACCUUCUCCGAUGGCACAAAGGUGGUCUUCCACUACCGCACAAGCCUGUGUGAUGGCACAGUACUGGAUGACUCCAAGACCAUGGGCUUGUGCAGCAAACCCAUGGAGCUCAUCCUGGGAAAGAAGUUCAAACUGGCUGUGUGGGAGAGAGUGCUCAUCACCAUGAGACAAGGAGAAAUUGCAGAAUUCACAUGUGACAACAAACACACAGCACUCUACCCGCUGGUGUCCCAGUCACUGAGGAACAUCAGCGUUGGAAAGGAUCCCCUCGAAGGCCAGAGACAUUGCUGUGGCGUCGCACAAAUCCACUCCCACCACUCACUAGGGCACAAGGAUCUGGACCACCUUCAGGCUAACCCACAGCCUCUUGUCUUCACUAUUGAAGUUCUGGAGGUGCAUCCUCCAGGCUCAUUCCAGCUUGAAGUCUGGGCCAUGACGGACGAGGAGAAGCUGGAGCAUGUGCCUCACAUUCAUGAGGAGGGCAACACACUCUUCAAACAGGGUCGAAUAAAGGAGGCCACAGAGAAAUACUACAAUGGCAUCGCCUGCCUGAAAAAUCUACAAAUGAAGGAGCAACCAGGAGAUACAUCUUGGAUCAAGCUGGACCAUAUGAUAACACCACUGCUCCUCAACUACUGCCAGUGCAAGUUACUACAAGGCCAGUACUAUGAAGUCAUUGAACACUGCUCAUCACUCACCUUCAAAUACGAGGAUAACGUGAAGGCCUACUACAAGCGAGCAAAGGCCCACGCUGCUGUGUGGAACGAGGCGGAAGCCCGAGCAGACUUUGCCAAAGUGUUGAAGCUGGACCCGUCUCUGGGACCCUCUGUAGCCAAGGAGCUGCGCACCAUGGAGGAGCGCAUCCGCUCUAAGGAGAAGGAGGAAAAGGGGCGCUACAAAGGCCUGUUCAACUACAAUACACGACCGCCGACCGCUACCACAGGUUGAGAAUCUCUGUGGAGUGGAAUGAGACAAUACCUGUGAAUUUCAAGGACACGCAAUGCUGGCAUUUCAGUUUUUAUCAACAGACCCAAGACAAAGUGUUUCCAUGUUAUGCUGUCCUCCACUCCGGGACCUGGAGACAUUUUCCACAUACAAUGCUCCCGAAGGUGCAGUCUGUAACUCUGCAUAGUUCCUCCCUCCAUGGCAAUGCUUUGUUUGGCUGUCAUUAGCUUCUUGAAAUCUGUCUCUUUCACUUUGAAUUGUUUCUGCACUCUCUCACUGCUGUAUGUAACUGCCACACAUUUACAUGAAGCAUUUAUCGUCUUUGUGUUCGCCCAGAGCUGUUAUAAUACACUCCUAAUCACGGCUAAAUUGGCAAUUUUACCCAAGAAAAGAAAGUCUCACAAACAUAGCUGUACAUUGUGCCACCAGACCUCAUUAAUAGCGAGAUAAACAACGGACCUACUGCUCCCGAUUUAUUGGAGCAACAGAUGGACAAGGUUCCGACAAUCGUGACAUUACACCCUUGGAUCAUUGUUACUUUCUUGCAUAUCCGUAAAUGCUCUAAUUAUAGCCGGGUGUUUAUUUACAUAAACUGCGAAGAUGACUGAGUGUUAGAAUUGGAAGCAAGCAUUAAUUCUAAAAAAUAAUUAGCUGUAACAACUUCAUUAUGUAACUUUAAUUGUUUGGCGUGCUUGAGAAAGUGGAAAGGAACAUGUUGCUCUUUUUAUUUUCCACAUCAGUCAUUUAUUAACAUGUAUUAUAUUAACAUGUAUAUUGUACAACACAGCAGCAGCAGAACCAAUGUUCUAAUAGCAGUAAGGGGCAAACUGCUCAGCCAGCGAUGAUUUCAUUGUAACCAGUAGAGCAAGUGUAUCGCACCAACAGCAGAGUUGAGAGGUAGAUAAAGCUGCUGGAUGUGUGAUACUUAAAAAGCCAAUACUGCCAUUUUGUUGAGUUCAUAAAAAAUAUCAACAGGAUGUUGCCUACAGCCACAGCUGUUAAUGUUUUAAUCUGGCGCUAAUUCGAGACCCUGGUGCUUAUUUGCUACUUACCACACGCAUUAAUUGGAGCAUUUACAGUAUUCUUAUUUCAUGUGUAAGAAAAUGUUUUUCUUUGCCUCGCUGUCUGUGUAUGUGACCGUCUCUCUGCACAAACAUAUAUUCACCAUGCAGGGCCUCAAUCAAGUCAAAUAUCCCACAGGAGGCAAAUAAAUGUGUUUAUCUCUGCUUUAACAUUUGUAUUACUUGCAUGUUGUCCUCAAAUUAUAUGCCAGCAGUGAUG